CUUUUUUUGUACUUCUAAUUAUAUUGUGAAAUUCUAUUGUAGAAAUUACCAAUAUUUUAAUUUUCAUAAAUUAUUAGAAACAGACAUCUUAAAAAGGGAAGAAAGGAGUAUUAUUUAACCCCUUAUUACAAUUACGUAUACACUAUCACGGUUCACUAGACCCCAUAACUUUCACACAUAGAUUCCCCACUAUUCCUCGCCCUGGUCCUAACUAGAGGUUUGCUUAAGUGACUUUCAACAUCACAAGGUAAUUCAUACUUAACUGCUUAAACUUCAAUCAAACAAGUUCUACUAAAAUGCAAUUUGUCUAUACCUAUAGAAAGUAAGUUCAACAUCCAAUCUCAAAGGCGAUAAGAAAAAAAAAAAAAAAAACCCUCCCCAAACUUAAAAUAAAGACAGAUUCUUCUAUACCACAACCCAAUCUAAAUCCGAACCUAAAAGUCAAUCAAACUCCACUCGUCCCAAGAUCAAAAUACCCAAAAUGUGAAAAUGGGUGUACUAUCAACGACGUCAAAAAGCAUUCUCAGCUGAAAUAACUCAAUUUCAACACUUUCAACCGAAGAGACCGAACCAUCCGGAUCUUCGCUGUCAUCUUCUUCCUCCUCAUCAUCCCCAAUUCGUAAUUCACCGCGUUUCUGGCAAUUUCAUCAAAGUCAAACUCACCCUUAAUUUCUUCAACUCAGUCAUCAUCAAACUCCCAUUUUCUCUCUCCUCACUCUCCAAAUUCACCCACCAUUUUCGCUCCCUUUUCUUCCCCAAAUAACAACCCAUCAACCAUUUCUCUCUCCUUUGACUCCCAUGGGAAAAGGCGGCGGUUGCGUCCCCAGCAAGAAGAAACUUCCCGACGGCGUAACAGCCGCCGGAAACCGCCAACCUCCGGCACCAAUUGACGGCAACAAAUCCCCAGUUGAAACCUCAUCUUCUGACCCAAUCCCCACUACCCAAAACGACGCCGUUUUCGACCCCAAUCCGACCCGAAUUCUGAAGGUGUACAUAGUCUUCUACUCGAUGUAUGGACACGUGGAGGGAUUAGCGAGGAGAAUGAAGAAGGGGGUUGACGCCGUUGAUGGGGUUGAAGGGGUUUUGUAUAGGGUGGCUGAGACAUUGUCGCCGGAAGUAUUGGCUCAUAUGAAGGCGCCGUCGAAGGAUGAUUCUAUACCGGAGAUUGCGGAGGCGGCGGAAUUAGCUGCUGCUGACGGGUUUUUGUUCGGGUUUCCGACGAGGUAUGGGUGUAUGGCGGCGCAAAUGAAGGCAUUUUUUGAUUCAACGGGACAAUUGUGGAAGGAUCAAGCAUUGGCCGGAAAACCUGCCGGAUUUUUUGUUAGUACCGGUACUCAAGGCGGCGGGCAGGAGACCACUGCUUGGACAGCAAUUACUCAAUUGGCUCACCACGGGAUGCUUUUUGUUCCUGUUGGGUACACCUUUGGUGCUGGUAUGUUUAAGAUGGACACAAUACGCGGAGGUUCUCCUUAUGGUGCUGGAGUUUUUGCAGGAGAUGGCACUCGAGAACCUACUGAUACUGAGCUAGCACUCGCAGAGCACCAGGGCAAGUAUAUGGCUGCAGUAGUCAAGAGGCUUGCCUAGCCUUGAUCUUCCUCCAUCAUUCAGGUUUCUGUCACAUCCGACGGAUUCCAAAUGAUGUACCCCUUCAGCUGAAGUGUAUAUGUCCCAUUUAUUUAUAUUGAUAUUUUGGUUUUCAGAUAUAGCCAUCUGGCACUGCAUAGAGUUAUAGGGCUUUUUUCUUUUGUCUUGUUUCUUGCUGAUGUUAUUAUAUUUUUUCUUUUGAUGUAUUCAUGGAGUAAAGUUGGUGUACAUGUUUCAAACUCAGUACUCAAUUAUUUGAUUCGAUGAUGGCAUAAUAAGAAUGUCACAGUUUGCAAAAUUAA